AUGAAAUAUUCUUCCCAGCGCGAAGAAGAAGAAAAGAAUGAGGAGAAAUCGACGAAAAAUUCAUUUUUCGCGAGAAAUUCGUUUCGUCGGACACUUGGCGCGGCGAAACAGCAGCGACGCGAAAAGCCCGGAUUCUCAUCGAUCCGUCGCUCGAAAUCGACAUCGGCCAAGGUUCGCGACGAUCGAAUGGCGCUGAUGGGUCCCGCGCAGAAAUCGGUGCCGCCGAUGCCGGCACAAGAGCAACUCGAGAAAAUGUUUGACGAUGUUCUGAAACACAUGGACCUACCCGUCGAUAAAAUCCGAAUAUUGCGAAGUUAUGAUAAUGAGAAGAAAUGGAAGUUGAUCAAUGAUCAGCAAAUGCAAGUGGCGAAUAAGCCGAUCACACCGCCGGCGAAAUAUCUCGAAAAAUUGGCGUAUUUUCUGGAUAAAAAAAUGCUCAAAAAAGCGCUCAAAAGCAAAGAGAUUUUGGCCGAUGAGACGUCGACAAGCGUUUUGAGGCACAUCGAAAUCAGUUUGCGAACGAAUAGCGUUGAUUGGGUUUUCGAAUUUCUCGAGGCGCCGAAUCACGGAUUGCAGAAGCUCGUCGAUUACAUGAGGCAUUUGUUGGCGGAUUGCGCGUCGGUGCCGUCGACGUCGAAUGGUCUUCCGACAACAUCUGGCAACAAUUCUGUCCAUGAAUCGCCAUCGCAUAACUCGUCGUCAGACGUCAGCGCGAAUGCCUCAUCAAUAUUCGGUUCGAGUUUCGACGCCACGGCGAAUUUGCUCAAAAAAGGACCCCUUACGAUAUCGAAAGGGAAAAUUAGCAAGAGUGUCGGUGAAGCUGAAGACGACAUUCAUAUAUGUAUGAUGUGUCUAAGAGCGAUUAUGAACAACAAGAAUGGAUUCCAACAAGUUUUUGCUCACACUGAAGCGAUUUACUGCAUUGUUCGCAGUAUUUUGCACCAGAAUUUGAGAACGAAAACACUUGUUAUUCAAAUGCUUUCGUCGAUUUGUAUGGUCCAAGGCGGUCAGGAGAUUGUCAGCGACGCGUUCGAUCGAUUCGAGAAGGAUUUCCGCGAGCCGAGGCGAUUUUGGACGCUGAUGCAAUUCGUCAAAAGUCCGCCAGAAUUCCAUGUUGAAUUUUUGUCAUCUGCCGUACAAUUUUUCGACUAUUUCGUCAAUAAUGUCGAUGAUUUGAAUUUUCGCGUUCAUUUACAAUAUGAGAUGACACUUUUGGGUUUGGAUAAAUAUAUUGAGCAAAUGGCUGAUUGUGAGUCGGACGAGCUGCAAGAGCGAAUGAUUAGCUAUGCGAAUAGUGCGAUCGACGUUGCGCAAUUAUUGGAUGACUCGAAUCAGAAGAAUGAGCUGCUCGACGAGCGCGAGAAUCUCAAGAAUCGUUUGUCGGCGGCGAACGAGCGCGUUCAGGAGGUGGAGGCGAAAUGGAUCACCGACAAGGCGGCGCUCGAUCGGCGACUAUUGGAUUUGGUGAUGGAACGCGAUCGGAUGGAGAAGGAUUAUGUGGAGCAGAAGGGAACGUGGACGAAGACGAUGAAUGAGAAGGAUCGGCAAGCUCGCGAGGACCGCAAACGGCUUGAGCAGAGGAUUGCCGAGCUUGAAGCGAUUCAGAAGACGAUGCAAGCUGGAUUGCAGGUUCAGCAGCAACAGCAGGAGAAGAGCAAAUCGCCGCUAACACCACCUCCGCCAGCUCCCGGACCGCAUAAGGAGAGGAGGUCGAGCUCGAAGGAAGCGUCGCCGAAGCCGCCUGGUUCGAAUAUUCCGCCGCCGCCGCCGAUUGCCGGGUUGGUGGCGGCGAAUGGGGCGAGUGUGCCGAUUCCGCCACCGCCACCGCCGCCGAUGAUUGGAAGUGGUCCACCGCCACCCCCACCGCCACCGCCACCUCCGGGCAUUGGCGGAGGACCACCACCGCCGCCGCCACCGCCUGGCGGAUUUGCGCCGCCUAGCAAUGAUUGUAAGACGAUCAAAAAGAUCUAUCAGACGAAGAACAAAUUGCCGCAAUUGAAUUGGACGGCGAUGAAGCCGAAUCAGGCGAAGAACACGGUGUUCGAGAAAUUGAACGAUGAGCUCAUUAUUGAGAAGCUCGAUUUUACGAAACUGGAGGAGAUGUUCAAAAUGACGCCGGCGGUUUUGAUUGAGCCGAAGAAUGAUUCAACGACGAUCGGGCAGAUUAGUCCGGCGUCGACGGGUAGCUCGACGACGUCGUCGGCGAGAAAGAACACGCUGUUAGACACUAAGCGGCUGCAGAAUGUUGCGAUCACUAGAAGGAAGGUGGCGAUGGAUUCGAAGUCGAUAAUGGCAGCGGUGCAUCAGUUGGAUCUCAAGAGUCUUCCUCCCGAGAAGGUUGACAUUCUCUCUCGGAUUUUGCCGACCGAUGAGGAGCGCAAAAUGUAUGCCGAUAAGGCGGGCGAGUUGGAUGGACUAUCGGAUGAGGAUUUGUUCUUGGCGAAUUUGUGCGAGAUUGAGCGUCUUGAGCACAAACUCACCAUCAUGAGGGUGAUGGCCGAGUUUGACGAGACCGCCGCGCUUUUGGAGCCACAAUUGAGGCAUGUGACGGCGGCGUCGAAAUGCGCGAGAGACGCCACCGAGUUUCAUGGUGUUCUCGAGGUGAUCCUCGCGUUCGGCAACUAUAUGAACAGCGGCAAACGCGGUGGAGCCUAUGGAUUCAAACUCGCCUCGCUGGAUUCGCUCGCCAUUCUCAAAUCGCCCACCGAUCGAACGUUGACACUUCUUCACAUGAUUGUCGAGUCGAUCGAGAAAUGUUUGCCGGAGUUGAGGAAUUUCGCGCAACAACUCAAAUUUGUCGACAAAGCGACGACGGUUCAAUGGGAUAGUGUGGCGGCGGACGUGAAGGAAUUGGAGAGUGGAUUCAAGACUGCUGAGAAGGAGCGAGCUCUUAAAGGAGCAGAUUGUCCGCCGAGUUUGGUCGAGUUUUUGGAAUCGCACAAAGAGAAGAUGGAGCAGCUUCAGAAUGCGUUCCGAUUGGCUCAGAAAACCUUUUCGGAAUGUGUCGAAUUCUACGGCGAGAAUCCGCAAUCGACGGCGCCGAACGUGUUCUUCCAGAAGUUGUCGCAUUUCGUUGGCAAUUAUGCGAAAUGUCGGCAGGAGAACGAAGCGCGCGCGGCCGCCGAGCGACGCCAGAAAGAGGAGGCGGAGAGGCGAGCGCGAGCGGCGACGGCGGCGUCGCAGAAGCCCGCCGAUCAGGCCGAGUUGAUGCUUGAGUUGGCUGAGAGGGUCGGACGAGGUCCGAGGCGGCAGCGGGAGAAGAUUGAGAGCACACGAAUGGAUCAUGGCGAUUUCGAGAAGUUGAUGAAUGGCCUGAAACAUACUGGAAUCACGACGCCGAAUCGGCGGAAGGUGUCGAAAUCGCCGUCGCCGGCACCGCGGAAUAGCGUGCCGCCGCCGGUGGCGCCGAAAACUCGCGUGCUGAGCUUUCGAUCGUACUUUGCUUGCUCGCCGCCGCCGCUUCGUCAAAAAAUGCCGCAGUACGUUUUCGAAAUGGGAAUGACGUGCUCGGGAUGUGCGAACGCCGCGCGCAAGGUGCUCGGAAAACUUGGAGAAGACAAACUGAAAAUUGAUGAUAUCAAUGUGGAGACGAAGAUGAUUACGGUCACCACGGAGCUCACCGCGGACGUGGUCCUUGAAGCUCUCAAGAAGACUGGAAAAGAGGUAAAACUUGUUCAAUAG